AUAAGACGACAAACGAGAGACAGGACUGCACCUCCCUCUGAGCCAUGAGAGCAAAGUUGGAGGUCUUGGCCUUGGUUCUGGGCUUCAUUGGCCUGUUUGGGACCAUAGCUGUCACCGCCCUGCCCAUGUGGAGGGUCUCCGCCUUCAUUGGAGCCAAUCUCAUUGUCAUGGAGGAACUCUGGGAGGGCUUGUGGAUGAACUGCUACAGACAGGCCGACAUCAACAUGCAGUGCAAGGUGUAUGACUCACUGCUAAUUCUUCCACCAGAGCUGCAGGCAGCCAGGGGGCUCAUGUGUGUGUCCAUAGUCCUCGUUGUCAUCUCUCUGUCCGUCACAGGAUGUGGGACCAAGAAGAGCAACUGUUGUGGCGACAAUAGAAGGAGCAAGAACAUCACCCUGGCUGUGGCGGGUAGUUUGUAUCUGCUUUCCUUUUUGACCACACUCAUCCCUGUCAGCUGGGUGGGUCAUACUGUCAUCCGCAACUUCUACAACCCAACAGUGCUAGAUUCUCAGAAACGGGAGCUAGGGGAAGCCCUCUUCAUUGGCUGGGCCACUUCUGGUAUUCUUCUCAUCACUGGGAUCAUCCUUCUGUUCAGCUACAGCAAACGUAGAUCAAAGGAGGAAGAGCCCUACACUGAUGCAUAUCUUAUGUCAGCGAGGGAUGUGCAGAAAGAGGACAGCGUGUACCUGGGGAGGACGCCAUCCAGCACUCAUAAGCAUCAAGAAUAUGUGUAAAGAGCUGAACUGUAUUGCCUGAUAUAUGCAACUUCAACUUUACAUGUUUCUAACAUUUGAAAGAUGUUGCCUGAGGAAGGUCACAAGAUGACGACAGGAGUGUGCAAAUUAAGUUUAACUGUAAUUUUUUACAAUACCUAUGUUUACAUUUUAAUCACUAUGCCUGUUAAAAUUAUUCAGUUAAUUUAUGUUCUCUGGUACAAUGUAUUAAAGUUCUAGAAGUGUUCUCUGUUACAAUGUUUAUAUUGACGAAAUCCCUCACAAUUAUGUAAUGGGUUGGUUUAACAAUACUUUUUUUUGGCAAUUAUAUACUGUCAUGCCAUUUUUACUGUCCAUUUAUAUGACUGAGUUUCUCAACUGUCACUUUAACCGUUUAGUUGAUCAAUAAAGGCUUAAUUCUG